AUGACUGAUUGCAAACCUCUGUCCACCCUAAUACCUCUUUCGAAAUCUCUUUCUCACACUACAGAUUUAUAUGAUGAUCCUACGCAAUAUUGGUGCCUCGCUGGAGUUCUUCAGUAUCUUACUAUCACUAGACCAAAUUUAUCCCUUGCAAUUAACCAACUUUGUCAACAUAUGCAUGCUCCUACGAUCACUUAUUGGGAACAAAUCAAGCAUGUGUUAAGGUAUGUCAAAGAGACUCUAUCUUAUGGUUUACGUAUCCGAAAAUCUGAGUCUAGAGAAUUGCAUGCCUUCUCUGACUCAGACUGGGCUGGUUGUCCUGAGGAUCGUAAGUCAACCAGUGGUUAUGCUGUUUUUCUUGGAUCAAAUCUUGUGUAUUGGGUGUGCAUGAAGCAAAGAACUGUGGCUAGAUCUUCUAUAGAGGUUGAAUACAAAGGUUUAGCUGAUGUUUGUGCUGAGGUAAUCUGGGUUCUCUCCCUCUUACGAGAGAUUGGCGUGACUGCGAUCUCUGUUCCCAAGCUGUGGUGUGUUAACCUUGGUGCUACCUAUCUAUGUGCUAAUCCCGUUUUUCAUGCUCGCACUAAACAUGUUCAGAUUAACUAUCAUUUUGUGAGAGACAGAGUUGCCAAGGGAGAGAUUCAAGUCAACUUUAUCUCCACCAAAGAUCAACUUGCUGAUGCUCGCACUAAACAUGUUGAGAUUGACUAUCAUUUUGUGAGAGACAGAGUUGCUAAGGGAGAGAUUCAAGUCAACUUUAUCUCCACCAAAGAUCAACUUGCUAAUAUAUUUACAAAAGCUUUAGUAGGUCUUAGGUUUUCUUUUCUUAGAGACAAUGCAAUCUACUGGUCACGUAUGUAUCCUGUGCUUGAUGGGAGUAUUAAGACUCUAUAUAUUUAA